UUUCUACUUAUGAGAAUUCGAUGCCAAAGAAAUUACCAAAACAUAUUUAAUUUAUAAUUCGAUAAUCUGAAAUCAAAAUGCCAGAGAUAGGAGCAAUGAUGCGGGCGUUAGAGCUGCAGCGAUUACUCGAAGACAAAGUGACUGAGUGGCGGGAGAGGUCAACGAGGGUCGCCGGGGCGAGCGUGGCCGAGUCUUAUCAACAACCGCUCAACUUCAAGCGACACACAAACAGACGCAAAAACAGCGCUGAAAUAAACAGAAUUAUCGCAAAGUACUCGAAGCCCAACAAGCGGACAGUCGAACCGAUCGUUGCAUCGAUAAAUAAUGUCCCACCGCCACAACGCCCUGCCAGACAGAAAAAGAUUCAAUCCAAUUUAAAAUUAUCCAAGAGCGAAGAUAACCUCGUGCAAGCGACGAUUAUGGAUCACCCCGACCCCUCAGCGGAAUGUAAGUCGCGAUUUAACUUCAGCAAAUACAACGCCAGAAGCUGCGAAGACGUCACUGCGUUUGUUGACAUCGAACGCAACAGAAAAAGCAGGCAUUUUGAAGAAAACAGCAUUCUCAACGAGAAAGUAGUUACUCCAGAAGUGCCUAUACGAAUAAAAAGAUUACAAAGUAUCAGUGAGGAUGGAUUAGGCACAUCCACAUCUAAUCUUAAGGACAGUGGUAUAGAAGUCAGGACAUCGAAUUUUGCUACAUCGACUCCUAUUUCUAGGAGAAGAGUAGUGAGUGAAAAUGUAGCCGGUUUUGAAAAGUGUUCCAAAAAACCUAGUGGUGAUAGUGCGUUAAGAAAAGGCAGUUCGGAACCAGACAUUCUGAGUGUGAGUCCCAGUGAAGAGUCUGUCGGGACAGUGGGUUCUAAAAAGACUUUGAAGAGUCGGUGGAAGCUGCUAAAGCCUCCUUUUCGUAAAGGGACGUUGGAUUGUUUGAUACGUUGGCGAGGAAAGAAACAGCACGCCCAGGAAGAGAGGAUCCAAGAAGUGGACGAUAGCUUCUUCGAGAAAUUCGGCUCUUUAUUAAAGCAGGUGUCACUAAAAGCCGCCAUAGAAGAGGCGACCCCUCUAGCCCCUCUAAAAGAAAUCGAGGAAAAUGAUGGCGAGAAGGCCGAGGCGGAGCUCCUGGGGGAGAGCAGGAGUCUCGCGAGGGAUACUGACAGUGGGAAUGAAACACUAUUGGACACGGAUUCCGAGCCAGAAGAUCCUGAAAAGAUCGAGCGACUUGUCGAGGCCAUUGAUUGGAACAUCGAUGAACUGUACCUGGAAAUCCUGUAUGAGAUCCUGCACAAUGUCGGCGGAUGUGACGUAGGCUGCGAGGCGGGGCAGCUGGCCAUGCUGUCCUAUGUCCAGGACGCCUUCAAGAUCUCUAAUGACAAGCACAAGCAACUCCUUACACAGGCGGAAGCUAAGGAACCUCCAGAACUGAUGCUAAACGUGGAACUAGUAGAGGCUAAAGACUUAGUGCCAAAGGACCCGAACGGUCUGAGCGACCCGUUCGUGACGAUAUACCUGAUGUCCAACUCCUCGCACCGGUACAACACGUCGGUUAAGUCAAGCACGCUCAAUCCUGUCUGGGAGGAGUAUUUCUCGUUGCCGAUGCGGGAAAACCUUCAGGAGGACUCUCUUUGUUUAGAAGUCUGGGAUUUCGACCCCGCUGAGACAGUAAAAGAGAAGAUGACCAAGAUGUUCGAAGUGAAAGGGGUGAAGGGCUUCCGGAAGCUGAUGAAAGAGAUAGCCAUCACCGCCUCCUACGGCAAACAUGACAACGAACUCAUUGGCACAGCUAACAUUCCCCUCAAGUCGAUCCCAGCAAGUGGUAUGACAAUGUGGUUCAACCUUAGCAAGAAGAGCAAGCUACGGCGCCAGGGCGUGGUGAAGGUCCGGCUUAACUUCUCUUCCGAGAAGAACUCCCAGGUCGCGGCGCAGGAGCACCGCCAUCUGCUCAGGAUCAUGCUACUCCAUGAACUGGAGAAUUCCAAGGUGGCCCCAUACUGGUGGUGCGGCAACUUCAGCGGCCCCGCGGAGGCCAUCUUAACCCAGCAUGUGGCGCAAAGUGGCCUCUCGCCCACAGAGAACGCGCUCGCGCAGUGGAGUGUGUACUGCUCGCUUACUGUCGACCACCCGCUCAGCUUCGCUCUCUUCAACAUGCUGUUGGAGAAGAUCACCAAGCCUUUACAAUCUGGUCUCAUAAAAGAAGAGGACGUCAAGCUAUUCUGGGAUGGCGCCAAAAAACUGCUCCCGACAUGCUUCGGACAAAUCAGAAAGCUGAGGAAAAAGACCGCUGGCGACAACACCGUCAUGAAAACACUUAGAGAAGUCAUGAAAAUACUGUACAAAUUGUCCAUGUUAGACGUUCCUGACUCCGUUGAUCUGUUUCCUAGUAACGUAUACGGUUGGUUGCGGAGUAACGAUAACGGAAGGUUGACGAUUCAUGAGGUGUUGAACCAGGCGGCUAUCCAAGGCGCUUCCGAUUGGUUCGUGCAUAUUCUGGACAACAAUGAGUGUAAGGAUAAGACGGAGGAGUCAAGGUUGCAGCAUCUCAUCAGGGUGAUUCAGCUCGUGCGCUCUGAUCUGCAGAGAGCUAUUGAAUACCAUGAUAGAGUUUUCAUUGAAGUUAUGAACUUCCCAUACUCCAAAGCGCUUUACGGACUAUACGAGAGCAAGAUCGCAUCUCUAGUGGAGCCCGAAGUAAUAGAAGUGUGUAAAAGCUUGAAGCGGUUGAACUACAGCGAGGGCUCGACGAGCAGCGUGCACCUCGCGGGGGGCCUCGACGGCGCCACGGGGCUGGGGGCCCCGCGCGUGGAGGACGAGCCGCUGGCCAUGGGGACCACUUUGUUUGAGCUGUAUCUGGCGCUGCAGAGGUUUUUGAUACUAGGCCAAGGACUGAAUGAAACAGACUGGAGCUCAUACGCCAUAUCCAAAUUCCACUGGUGGUUCUUUGGUGGCGUGGCCCAAUGGCUCGACAUUGCCGCCUACAAGGCCCUGACUCGCAUAGAGAAAGCCGUGGACUUGGACCCACUCACUGUCAUUGACAGUAGCGUGAAAUACAGCAGUUCGGCUGUGGAUACGCUGCAGAUAUUUUAUCAGAUAAAGAUUUUCUGGACUCAGUUGGCGUGGCCUGAUGUGGAAGGGAGCUACACGUUUGUGGCUAAGAUUAUUGAUGACAUAUGCCGUUGCUGCGUGUUCUACUCUGACCGCAUGUCGGGCCGCGUGGACAACGCUGGCCGGGUGAGCACCGUGUUCGAGGAGCGCUUCGAGGUCACCAGUGAGUGGUGUGUCGCCAUUAACAACAUCGACUACGUGCGCCAGAGUCUGGAACCCUUCGUGGAAGAGUUGGGCAUGGACGACAUCAUACAGAGGCUGUGCGAGUGCAAAUCUCCAGUUGAAGCGCAAAGAUGCAAAGACACCUUGCAGUGCGUUAUUGCCAACGCUAUCGACACAGUAAAGAAUAAAAUUGUGGAGAUCCUGGAAAUAAUGGUCAAAAAGAUGAUGCCAUCCAUCACCCGGUUCCUAAUGGAGGGCGCGGAGCUGCUCCACCAGGACUGCUCGAGCAUGGACCGCGUCAUGCGCUACCUGGAGGCCAACCUCGACACGCUCUACCAGCAGCUCAACAACGACAACUUCUCGCGCACCCUCGACAUCGUGUGGGAGCAACUAGGAGAGGUCCUCUACGAGUUGAUACAGGCCAACUUAGAGAAACGAAGACCACCCAGCUUUUUCUCCAAUCUCCACGAAUGCCUCAAAAUAAUGAUCCGAUCCUUCCGUCAAGACAACAAAGACAUAUACUCAUCAGAGACCCUAAAACGCGUAGAAUACUUACUGAAACUUCACGGCAUGGAGACCAGAGAACUGAUACACCAGUACCACUUGGAGCGGUGGCAGGAGCAACAAGCUAUUAAUGAACCGAAGAUGGGAAUACUCACAGUCAGAGCGCAGUUUAUUGAAGACAAUUUGAAGUUAGAAAUUUUGAACGCCAGGAAUUUGGUGGCGACAGAUUCUAAUGGUCUGUGUGACUCGUACGUGCGCGUGGGGCUGCUGCCUGAGGACUCGUUCGCCAACGUGAUGAAGCCCAAGACCCAGACGCAUAACAAGAAUCUCUUCCCGCUGUACGACGAAAUGUUCCUCAUCCCCCUGAGCCACGAGCAACGGCGCGUGCGCGACGGGCUGCUGCACUUCGUGAUCAAGGACAAGGACAUGUUCAGUAUGUCGAACACGUUCGUGGGCGAGGCCUACCUCGGCUUCGGCGACGUGCCCGACACCGCCGCGCCCAUCACCAGUCUGCAGCAACAGCACUUGCCGCUCACGAGGCCCAGUGCCAUAGAUGGGGACGCGAUAAAGGCGCUCGAAUCGCGGCAGGGCGACAAGCAAGCACGGGAGUUCCUCAAGAAACAGCGGCAGAAGAUGCCCGGCAAACAGUUCUUCUCGCUCAGCUGAACAGACUAUUGCUUCUAAAUUGUCUAAUAUACCACUCAAUUAUUCAAACGGUAAUAACAUUAUUAGUUUAUGAGCUAUGGAUUCGUAUGGAUUAUUAUAACACGCUAAUAAUAUUUAAUUACCGUUGAACCAUGUAAUCAAUUACAUGAGAAGUAGAGGUAUUUCAAAUUCAGCAGCAAUAUACCAUCCAUUGUAGCGGUUAACCGCUGAAAUUUCAAGUCGUGUACCUAUACAUAAUAUGUAUAUCGAUACUCCAAUAUCAAAUGAUAAACACUAUAAAUAACGAUACAUUAUGGCUGUCACUUUAGUUUAAUGACCUUAUUUUGUAAUCAUGAAUAUACCUAAAUAAAACUAUUUCACUAAAAGUGCCAGGAGUGAACGUAGCUGAUAAAAUAUUUUCAAGCUAAUUGCUAACAGUACGCGAUAUUUUGUAGUACCUACUCGAAUCCAUUGCCGUAUGAAACUGUUGUAAAAUUAUGUAUCAGAUUUAAAACAAUAACUAUACUUAUCAUACUUCCUUAAUUUAAUAUUUCUCAAGUUUUCCAUAAGCCAGCUGUAUUCUAUCAGGUAGAGACUAACGUUAUAGUAACUAUAUAAUAAAAUAAUUAUACGAAGCACUUAAGUCACUCGUCAAUCCUGUUAAAAAUAGGUUGAUUUAUUCGAGAGAUUUAAGUGAUAGGAGCACAGUGUAGCAGUUCAGUUUUAAAAUGAGUACAUAAUAAAUAGUGUUUCUCAAUUAUUUGUGACAAUAAUGACAUAGUACACGUAAUUUGUUAGUUGAAGAAAAUGUUUAGCUGGAUUGUUUUUACUCGUUUUAAUUAUUUCAUCUUUAUGCGAAUCUAAAUAUUUGUCCGCAAUAUUUUUCAUAAGCGAUAUAGAUACACGUGUGUUCUAUAGACUGAUAUAUUGUCUUAUUAUGUCUUAAAUUAAGUAUGUAGGUAUGUAACUUUAAAGCGUUUGAAAAGAGCAUUUAAUAAUUUUGGCUCGGAAUCUCUGUUUGAACUGUGGAUUUGGGAUAUCUUUUUUUAGAUUGGCCUUCUGUAUAGGUCCCCGUUGUAAUGUUUAUUCCUUUCUUCUUGAGUAGGUAAAGUAUUAACGAAAAAACCUACUCCUGUUGAGAAAUGAUAUGGGAUUUAAUUACUCGCUAAAUGAAAAUUAAGUUUUAGUCUUGAUGUGUAAUCAGUUUAGAUGUUAGGUAUAUAAGAAGAUAGGAAGAUGCCCUAAACUAUUUAUUUAUAUCGUUAAAGUAAAUAAGCUACCUACUUGAAGCAAUAAAUAAAACAAGACCGAAGUGAUCCCAUAAGAGCACCGUGAACAAAGUUUUGUACGGUGCUCUAAAAACUUCUUUGCAUAAUUUUACUAAAGGUAUGUAUAUGUCCCUUUAAUACCUAUUACUAAUAUUAUUAAAACAAAGCCAAUUAAAUAAGGUUGUCGGCUUUACCAAAUAAAUGUGCUUGACAAAAAUUGAUUUAACUGAUCACAGAGGCUCUACCUCUAUCGGAACCAAGAACGGAUAAGAAGAAUAAGAAUAAGAAUGAAUAGGAGACGUAAAUAACGAAAUUUCGAUUUUUCGUUUCUGUGGUAGGUCCUUAGAUGUUUGCCAUAUUGUCGUUACCUAUCGCUAGAUCGCGUUGUGUUGUCGCUUUUGUCGUACUUAAGACAAGAUUCUUACAGUUCAAUUCACUCAAAUCGAUAUGGCGCAUUUGGCAGAUACGACGACAUUUUUUUUUAUUGUGUAUGUAAAUUGUACGAAUGCGAUAAGGGUGCAUGUAUCUAAGUGUUAACAAGUAGAAUCCUAUAGGCUGCGCAUGAGCUCCGGGGAAUUGUAGGUUUUUUAAACCCUUUACAGCGACGAACAUACCCUCUCGCUUUUUUAGUCAAAAAAAUCGUCUGAGCUCGUGCACAAACUCAAUUUUGCUUUCGACGAUCGAAAUGUAGAAACUUUUGUACUAAUACUUUUAUAGAAUACAAUAGUUUUAGUAGCGGCUAUGUUCUGUGAUAAAGAGAUGUGCCUUACUUUAUUUCUAUGCGUCUACUCACUGAAAAGGCAUAUUUUCUUUUUAUUUUUUUUGGUUUUACUUCGCUCUAUAUGCAGAAUAUUUAUUGUUUUUUUGUAAUAUCUUUAUUUUGAUAUAAAAGAAAUGCCAAUAAAAUUGUAUUUACUUA